GCCAAACAGAGCGGGAGGGCGGUCCCAGCGAGCCCCGGCCCGAGACCACCUUACAGCGGGGCGCGCCCGCCCUCGCUGGGCGAGAUAAAUGCUGACUUCAUUCCCCAAGUUCCCAACUGCAAAGUUUGCUCCGCUGCCUGCCGCGGGCGGAGGAAACUUGGGGACCCCGCCUGCUCUGGGACGUUUGCUCCCCGCCUUCCAGUCCCCUCUUUCGCGCUCGGCCGCCGCCGAGGGCCUGGGGCUGCACAGCUGCUACAUCUUUCCCCGGCACCGAGAGUCGCCGCGCGGCCCCGCAGAGGACCGGCUCCCUGAAAAGAUGUGGAAGGUGCCAGUCCUGCUGCUGGUUUUGGGAAGGACGCUGCUGUGGGUUCCGGCAGAAGGAGCUGUCACAGUCAGGCCAGAAGAUGACAUCACGACCUUAAAAAUGGAAGAUGGCAUGGUGACCCCAGGUGUGGAAGAUAACCCAGUGACUCCCGGUGCCAGUAAAGAACCCUACGAGUCUGCUGGCCUGACAGCCCAGGUGCCCACAAACACAAAGCGUGCAGACAUUCCCAUAGAAGACAUGUCAACCCCAGGAAGCACAGUCCCUGGCCAAGAAGGAAGCCAGAGCACCACGACCUUGCAUGCGGCCACUAGCCACUCUGUGGAAGGGACACAGACAACAGUGGAGAGAGAUGGCUUGGCAACAGGGACCCUGGUUGGAAUCAUAGUUGGGGUCUUGCUAGCCAUUGGAUUCAUUGGCGGACUCAUCAUUGUGGUCGUGCGAAAAAUGUCGGGAAGGUACUCGCCCUAAAGAGCUGAAGAAUUGCGCCCUUCUGCGAACAUGUUUAAAAAAGAGUGUCCGACCUCCCCUGUCCCUGAGCAGGUGGGAGAAGAUGACCCAUGGAAAUAUGUGGCCGCCCCACUCAAAAUCCAUGGCGAUCCCUCCGCUUGCAAAAGUAACUGAAGGAAUGAUAACUCCCAAGACUCGCUCCUCUAAGCAUUUGUCUUUUGAGAAACUUUUUUAAAAUAUAAAUUUUGGAAAAGGUGAUUUUUUAAAAAAUGCAUAGAAAAUGGAGCAAAACUAUGUAAAUUGAUUUGUAACUAAGAUAGACAAUGUAAUUCCAUCGAUGUUAGAAACUGUAAUCAUGUCUUUGUUCUGACCGUUCUCUGUUAUUGUUAAAAAGCAAAGGAAUCUGGAAAUAUUUAUACCAGUGGAGUCCUUGGGUCUAGUGCUAUGUCGGCAAAUGGGAUGAGCCUUUUGCAAUUUCUGAUCUGUUGAAAUGGACACAUUCCAGUCUAGUAUGGUCUAUUUUAAAAGUCUGAUUCGGUGUGAAUAAUCAAGUAGAAAAAUCUAAACUUGGGUAAUAUGUAAAUUUUCCACACAUCCACGGGGAAGCCUCUCGGCUUGCUCUGUCCUUGUUUCCAGCAAUGACUUGAUAACUGGAAGGUUUGCUCCUGCUUGACCCCCUGCUUCCCUCAGACGUUGGGGAGCUCAGGGGGUGGCCUGCCCCCGUCCCCGUGACGCAAGUCUGUCAGUUUGGCUGCUUUGUUCUGGAAUGUGGAGACAGCUCUGACAGUGGCCAAGGAGGCUGCUAGAGCCCCAGCGGCGGCAGAGGCUCCCGCCUUCCAGAACCCAUGAGCCAUGGGUGGUCCCCAGACAGAAAGAAACCCUCUAUGUGCCUCCGGCACGGAACAUAGAACCUACCAGUUUUCUAGUAUUUCCUUUCUGCCUCAGAGGGAAGACAGGGGAAGCAAAACUAACCUUGCAAAAUAUUAUUUUUUUAAAAAGCAGUUGGAUUGAAAAACAGAAGAGUCGCAGGCUUCAUGAUACCCCACGGGUUUCUGUGGGGUCGUCAUUGAAAAAAUCAAUACCAAGGAGCCUGAGCUGCUAUUUGGUGUUAUGAACCAUCCACAAGCAUUUCCUCCCGGAGGUCAGCUGAAUGCUUUGCCCUAAACAAAAUGUCUUUAUACUGAGCAGACACUCUGCCGUGAAUGUGGUCACACAGUUAUGACGUCCUGGAAACUUGCACGCGUUCAUGAAACAGGAAAAAGUAAACUAUCAGUCGGAAAGCAUAGCCCGUCCCCUCGCCCCCCUUUUUGUAUAGUAAUGUGCGGAUGUUAUUUUAGACACUGUGCCCUACUGUUGCCUAAUUCCAGCUGGUCCCCCCACCCCAGGUUCCAUGUUUGAACAGCACCGGAGUGAGAUGAGGGGGUGUAGAAGAGCUUUAUAAGCUUAAUGUCCUUCCAUUUUGUCACUCAGAUUCCCGAACAGGAGCUGGGGAUAAUCUAUGUCCAUGUCGUCUUCCCUUCUUUCUCUCACCGUGAACCAUGACGGCCCGCCCUAAGUCAUACACUGGACCCACUGCCUGCUGGGACCAGGCUGUGGGUUUCUUAGUCACAUCCGUGUUGACGCGCGACGCAGCGU